UAGUUGUUAUAAAUUAAAUCCUGGUAUUUUACAGCGGACACGGUUAUGUUAUUACUUAUUUUCUAACUUAUAUUUGUUUUCAUGUCGCUCCUGUUUAAUGAAUUGGAGCUGACGUCAACGAGCCUUGACGCUAACGUCUUGGGUUUUGAAUUUAGCCGCCUCCGCGCGUGCGCAGUGCAGUCUUCCUGUUGCUUUGGAAAUGACGUAAACAAGCCGGAGGUGACCACAGAGGGCGGUUACUUUGUCAUUGCUGGCAUUGCGGACAGAAAAAUGUCUUCGAAAAUUCCAAGAGGCGAGCAGGGUAAGCAGUUACCUACAGAAACAAAGAAAACAGCAACUGUAAACGCUGUCCAAAGAUCAGAUGGUAUCCUUAAACCUCAAAAAGAAAACGUACCAAGAAAAAAUGCUGCUUCUAAAGGUUACAAAGGGGUCUCCACAAGGCAUGAGCAGCAGGCAGAGCUCAUGGAGCAAAAUCAGAAUUUGAUGGCUGCCAAGGAGGAACUGCAGAAAAACCUCACAGAGACACAGCAAAGGGUAACUGAUUUGGAGCUGCAGUUCAAUGACCUAGAAAAGGAGAAUGCAGAGGUACAGAAAAACCUGAAGGACUGUCUUGUACUCCUAGUCGCUGCAAAAAUAGACCCAGUUUUAGGGGAGAGAGUUGGAGAACCUGCACAACAAAAUGAAGAUCAAAGAAAGGAAGUAAUGAGUGUCUCUGCAGACCUGCUGAAUGAAUUAAAGGCCUUUGGUGACACUGCAUCACAGCAGCGCUCUCAGCUAGAGGAAAUCCAGACAACAAUGACAGACUGUACUAAAGCACGAGAACUUAUGCUGCAGGAAAGGGAGAACUUUUCCCUGGAGGCUGCUGAAAUGGAAAAAGCUCUCAAGGAAGCAGAAGCUCUCUUACUCUAAAAGUGUACAGUAAUCUCAAUCUAAAAUUAGUUAAAAAAAAAAAAAAAACUUUGUACAUUGAUGUGUGUUAAAUGUGUCUGUAUGAUUGAAACUUAAUAAAUGAUUCUUAUUUCCUUAUUGUA